CUUAUUAAAUAGAUUUUGGUAUGGUUAAUCGUUCUCUUGCAGAAUCCAAAUUUUUCAACCCUCUCUCGAGUGAGUAUGAGUUAUUUCCCCGUCCCUCCGCACCCCCCUCUGUGGACUUAAGUGUAGUGGUCCCUUCCUACAAUGAAGAAGAGAGACUACCAGUUAUGAUGGAAGAGGCACUGGGUUUCCUGGAAGAUAAAGUAACCAGCCAUCCGGACUUCACAUACGAAGUGAUUGUGGUGGAUGAUGGAAGCAUAGACGAAACUACAAAUGUAGCCUUAAAGUACGCCAAAGAACACACGACCGAUAAAGUGCGAGUGCUGACUCUGGAGCAGAACAGGGGCAAGGGUGGGGCAGUGCGGAUGGGGGUGUUGUCGUGCAGGGGGAGGAGGGUACUGAUGGCUGACGCAGACGGGGCCACCAAGUUCAGUGACGUCUCGAGGCUAGAUGACAAACUUAAUUCUCUCCCUGACAAGAAGGGAGUCGCAAUCGGAUCACGUGCACAUUUAGAACAGGAGGCAAUGGCGAAGCGGAACUUCCUACGCAAUCUGAUCUCCAAAGUGUUCCAAAUGCUGGUUUGGAUGUUGUGUGUUCGGACCAUCAGAGACACCCAGUGUGGCUUCAAGCUCUUCUCCAGGUCAGAGGCACUCACCCUUUUCUCAACUCUGCACGUGGAGAGGUGGGCAUUCGACGUCGAGCUACUCUACCUAGCAGAACAAUUGAAAAUUCCGUUGAUAGAAGUUGCAGUAAACUGGACAGAAAUAGACGGGUCCAAAUUGGUGCCAGUGUUCUCCUGGAUACAGAUGGGAAAAGAUAUCCUCUUAAUUCGACUGAGAUAUAUGCUUGGAAUAUGGACUGCGCGAGAUGCCAAAAAAAUUCAAUAAUGUAGCCCGUAAAAAUUUUAAUUGGAUUUAAACUUUUGGCUAGAUUUAUCUUUGUUAGCAAUUGUACUAAAUUAAAUUUCAUUUAUCAUGUCAUGGUGCCUAGCUGGUGUAAUAGAUUUAAAUUAGAAACGA